AUGCGCUCCGCCUCAAAAUUCAAGGCGUGCUUCGCCUGCACAAAUGGAAAAAGAAAAUGCGACAAGGUGCAGCCCAUCUGCGGCCGCUGCAAUGAUAGGGAUAUUGAUUGCCGCUAUCCGCCUACCAAGCGGAAGACUUUCCACACAUCUCCGAUUGAACCAAGGUUGGGGAAUCCUGGUACUACGCAAGGAGUCUUGAGUUCGGUGCAAAUAGCUUUUUCUCCUCCGGCUGCUGACUUCGUUGACUUGCAUGAGUGGACGAGAAGCUUGGGUAAUUGGAGUUCUUUGACUUCCACAGAAUUGCAGAAUGAUUCGCCUGCGAAUACCAAUACGACGAGCUCCACGACUCCAUCAAGCCAGGAUGGCACAGAGUUCUUCCUUCGGCCAGACGCCUGGACUGUCCGCCACAUCCCCUUGAAUACCCCUUCGUUUUCGAAUUCAGUCUGUAUGAACUACAUCAGUGGCAUACGUGACUUCUUUACUGAAUGGGUUACCCACUCGCACAGCCCAUUUAUCCACAAUCAGCUCUACUCAGACUCGGGUCUUCCUCCUGCAAUUCAAGAUGCGUUUACUUGCGUCACGUUAUACAAUGCCAAAACACCAGAGAAUGAAACCACCAUAGAAGAGAUUCUUGCCUCCAAAAUGUCUUUCUUACUCGAAUCUCAUCCGGACCCUUCCCAGAGCAGUCAAGACGCCGAUAUUCGUGUGAACCUCACUACUCGCGACCACCUCUCUCGUACCCAGGCUUUAUUCGUACACUUGGUUCUGUCCCUCUUCUCGCCCUCAAUAGGUGCGCGAGCCAACGCCGAGCAACAGAUCCAAAGACUUCUGUCGUGGACGCGUCAGCUCUGGGAAGCAGCUAUUCGUGACCCAGAGAUUGCCCCAGCUAACAGCCACGAUGAAUCGACCGUCGCUAUGGCUUCCACUCACGCUAUUGUCGUCGAUGCCCUAUUUGACAACGACCCAUUGCCACGCAUAUGGCGCUCUUGGGUCUUGUCAGAAAGCGUCCGUCGAAUAUGGCUGAUGGCAACUUCGACCGUCGGAGUAUAUCUCACACUACGCCAGAAAUGGGCUGAAUGCCAUGGAGGCAUCUACUUCACAGCUCGGAGGGAGCUCUGGGAGGCUAGAUCAGCUUCUACUUGGGCGGCAGCGUGUCGAGGAACAGAUCCGUUGUUCGCUUGUAGUCUGGAAUGCGAGAGUCUGUUCUUGACUGCCAAGGCAUCUGAUGUCGACAAGAUGCUUAUUAACAUGUUUACAAUCAUGUGGGGUGUUGAGAGAGUCGAGAAUUGGAUUGCGAGAACAACUGAGCCAGGAGAAGAGUUGCGAGUGUGGAAAGGAGCUGAUCUUCCCAUGGAAAAGGGACGACUGACUGUUGUAUAA